AUGUGGUGUGUUUAUGGACCAGCUAUUGCGCGCGCGCGCUGUAGCAGGCUUCUAUGUCCGCUUGUUUUACUUAUAUUAUAACGACUAACACAAUUAUAUAUUAAUAGUUUAAUUUGAUUUUUUUCUGCUUAGAAGUGCAGGCUAUUCUAUAGAAAUAUUAGUCUGUCGUUGACUGUAUUUGUCGUGCUCCGAGCUAAGAUUAAUUGUUAGCCCGCUCUCUUUUUUCGUGCUAGCAGUCGGCGGUCUGAAUUUUCACGAUUUCAUUUGUAUCAAACUCUUCGGAAUAAACAAUUCACCAUGGGCUACUUAAAGUUAAUAGAGAUAGAAAACUUUAAGUCUUACAAAGGCAGGCAGAUAAUCGGGCCUUUCCACAAGUUUACAGCGAUUAUUGGGCCGAAUGGAUCAGGCAAAUCAAAUCUCAUGGAUGCUAUCAGCUUUGUUCUGGCAGAGAAGACCAGUAACUUGCGUGUGAAGACAUUGAAGGAUUUGAUUCAUGGAGCUCCAGUCGGUAAACCUGCAGCUAACCGAGCAUUUGUAUCCAUGGUGUACCAGCAGGACAAUGGACAGGAGCUUUCAUUUUCCAGAAUCAUCAUAGGUUCCUCAUCAGAGUACCGCAUCAAUAAUAAAGUGGUGGGUCUGUCUGAAUACAGUGAUGAACUGGAGAAAUUGGGAAUCCUCAUCAAGGCCAGAAACUUCCUUGUCUUUCAGGGUGCGGUCGAGUCAAUUGCCAUGAAGAACCCCAAAGAGAGAACUGCUCUGUUUGAAGAGAUUUCUCGUUCCGGAGAGCUUGCUCAAGAAUACGACAGAUGCAAAAAAGAAAUGGUAAAGGCUGAGGAGGACACACAGUUUAACUACCAUCGCAAGAAAAACAUCGCUGCUGAACGAAAGGAAGCCAAGCAGGAGAAAGAAGAGGCGGAACGCUACCAACGGCUAAAGGACGAGGUGGUGCGUGCUCAUGUACAGUUACAGCUCUUUAAACUGUACCACAAUGAGUCAGAGAUUGAGAAACUAAACCGAGAGCUGGCCCACCGCAACAAAGAGAUUGAUAAGGACAGGAAACGCAUGGACCGUGUGGAGGAGGAGCUGAAAGAGAAGAAGAAAGAGCUGGGCAGAAUGAUGAGAGACCAACAGAUGAUUGAGAAAGAGAUCAAGGAGAAGGAUGCAGAGCUUAAUCAGAAGAGGCCUCUGUACAUUAAAGCCAAGGAGAACACUGCUCACAAGAUCAAGAAACUAGAGGCUGCCCGUAAAUCGCUGCAAAACGCCCAGAAAUGCUACAAAAAACGCAAGGCAGACAUGGAGGAGCUAGACCGUGAACAGGGGGCCGUGGAGAUGGCCAGACAGGAGUUUGAGGAGCGAAUGGAGGAGGAGGCUCAAAGUCAGGGACAAGAUCUACAGCUGGAAGAGAACCAGGUUAAGGCAUAUCACCGUCUGAAAGAGGAGGCGAGCAAGCGAGCUGCUACACUGGCUCAAGAGCUGGAGAAAUUCAACAGAGACCAAAAAGCUGACCAGGACCGUCUGGACCUGGAGGAGAGGAAGAAAAUAGAAACAGAGGCCAAGAUCAAGCAGAAGAUCAGAGAAAUUGAGGAGAACCAGAAGCGCAUUGAGAAGCUGGAGGAUUACAUCACCACCAGCAGACAGUCUCUGGAUGAGCAGAAGAGGAUGGAGGAGGAGCUCACAGAAGAGGUGGAACAGGCCAAACGAAGAAUAGAUGAGAUCAACAUGGAGCUUAACCAGGUGAUGGAGCAGCUGGGUGAUGCUCGUAUCGACAGACAGGAGAACAGCAGACAACAGCGUAAGGCUGAGAUCCUUGAGAGUAUCAAGAGGCUGUAUCCUGGAUCAGUGUACGGGAGACUGAUUGACCUGUGCCAGCCCACACAGAAGAAAUUUCAGAUUGCUGUUACUAAAGUUCUGGGCAAAAACAUGGAUGCCAUCAUUGUGGAUUCUGAGAAGACGGGUCGUGACUGUAUCCAGUACAUAAAAGAGCAGCGUGGGGAACCCGAGACCUUCCUGCCCCUAGACUACCUGGAGGUCAGGCCCACAGAUGAGAAACUCCGUGAACUGCGUGGUGCUAAAUUGGUGAUUGAUGUAAUUCGCUACGAGCCACCACACAUUAAGAAAGCCCUGCAGUAUGCCUGUGGAAAUGCCCUGGUCUGUGAGAACGUGGAGGAUGCUCGCAGGAUCGCCUUUGGAGGACCAUACAGACACAAGACUGUGGCUCUAGAUGGGACAUUAUUCCAGAAGUCUGGAGUGAUCUCCGGAGGUGCCAGUGAUCUGAAGGCCAAAGCUCGGCGCUGGGAUGAGAAAGCCGUUGAUAAACUGAAAGACAGAAAGGAAAAGCUCACAGAUGAGCUCAAAGAGCAAAUGAAGGCAAAGAGAAAGGAGGCAGAGCUGCGUCAGGUGCAGUCUCAAGCUCAUGGUUUGCAGAUGAGACUCAAAUACUCUCAGAGUGAUCUGGAGCAAACCAAGACCAGACACCUGUCCCUUAACAUGCAGGAAAAGUCAAAGCUGGAAAGUGAACUUGCUAACUUUGCUCCACGCAUUAAUGACAUUAAGAGAAUCAUCCAGUCACGAGAGAGAGAGAUGAAAGACCUGAAAGACCGCAUGAACCUGGUGGAGGAUGAGGUUUUUGUAGAGUUCUGUAAAGAGAUUGGAGUUCGUAACAUUCGUGAAUUUGAAGAAGAGAAAGUAAAGCGACAGAAUGAGAUUGCAAAGAAACGCCUGGAGUUUGAGACUCAGAAGACACGUCUGGCUAUCCAGCUGGACUAUGAGAAGAACCAGCUGAAGGAAGACAAGGAGAAGGUGAUCAUGUGGGAACAGACGGUCAAGAAAGAUGAGAAUGAGAUAGAGAGACUCAAGAAGGAAGAGCAAAGGAACAUGAAGAUCAUUGAUGAAACCAUGGCACAGCUGCAGGAUCUGAAAAACCAGCACCUGGCCAAGAAAUCUGAGGUUAAUGAUAAAAAUCAUGAAAUGGAGGAGAUCCGCAAGAAACUGGGGGGUGCCAACAAGGAGUUGACGCAGCUGCAGAAGGAGGUGACAGCCAUUGAGACCAAGCUGGAGCAAAAACGUAGUGACAGACACAAUCUUCUGCAGGCUUGUAAGAUGCAGGACAUCAGACUUCCCCUCCGAUCAGGAACUAUGGAUGACAUCAGCCAGGAAGAGGGCAGUUCUCAGGCUGAGGAGAGCCUCAGCAGCAGUCAGAAGACAUCUAGCACCGUCCUAGCCAAGGAAGCUCUUAUCGAGAUUGACUACAGCAGCUUGUCAGAGGAUCUAAAAGACUCACUGUCAGAGGAGGAGAUCAAGGCAGAGAUGAACACAUUGAUUCAGAGACUCAAUGAGCAGCAGAGCAUCCUGCAGAGGAUCAGUGCUCCCAACAUGAAAGCCAUGGAGAAACUAGAGAGUGUUAGAGACAAAUUCCAGGAGACCAGUGACGAGUUCGAAGCUGCCAGGAAGAGGGCGAAGAAAGCCAAGCAGGCGUUUGAACAGAUAAAGAAGGAGAGAUUUGACCGUUUCAACGCCUGCUUUGAGUCUGUGGCCACUAACAUUGAUGAGAUAUAUAAAGCUCUGUCCCGCAACAGCAGUGCCCAGGCGUUUCUGGGCCCUGAGAACCCAGAGGAGCCAUAUCUGGAUGGUAUCAACUAUAAUUGUGUAGCCCCAGGCAAACGUUUCAGGCCCAUGGACAACUUGUCUGGAGGAGAAAAGACUGUGGCAGCUCUAGCCUUACUGUUUGCCAUUCACAGCUAUAAGCCUGCUCCCUUCUUUGUGCUGGAUGAGAUUGAUGCAGCCCUGGACAAUACCAACAUUGGCAAGGUUGCAAACUACAUCAAGGAUCAGUCAGUGCAGAACUUCCAGGCUAUAGUGAUCUCCCUCAAAGAAGAGUUUUACACUAAAGCAGACUCCCUGAUCGGAGUCUAUCCUGAGCAAGGAGACUGCGUCAUCAGUAAAGUCCUGACCUUUGACCUCUCCCAGUAUCCUGAUGCCAACCCCAAUCCCAAUGAAUGAGACAUUAUUCAGAUACCUAGAAACAUUUGUCUGUUUUGUGCUGUAGUUUUCAAAGAUCAGCUUGACUUUUUAUGUUCUCAGUAUUUACACAUUACAGUCCCUUGCUAGAUUUGAAUAUAAUCUUUUUUUUUUUUCCUUAGCACUUGCUUAGUGUAA